AUGGGAACAGACACAGAACGUCCAAACCUUUUGUACAUCCAUUCCGACCAGCACAACCCCGCUGUCAUCGGUUGUUACGGCGAUCCACUGGUGCAGACACCGAACCUCGAUAGUCUGGCAGCAAAGGGAGUCCUCUUUACAAACGUCUAUUGCCCGUCACCCGUCUGUGUGCCUUCACGGAUGUCGAUGUUGGCAGGCAGAUAUCCAUCUGAGAUCGAGGUCUGGACGAACAACCACAUCUUGGAUUCCGGGGUUCCCACGUUCGCACACGCGAUGGGGGCAGCGGACUACCAUCCGGUGCUAAUCGGCCGGAUGCACGGAUUGGGACCCGAUCAACUACACGGCUAUGCAGAGCGUCUGGUCGGCGAUCACGGUGGUAAUUACCCCGGUAGCGGGGAAGCCCCGAAAAAUAUGCGUGCUAGCUUGCAACAAUCAGGGUCCGGUCAAAGCAGCUAUCAAGUUCACGACGAGGAUGUGACCGCCUCAACCGUAAAUUACCUUGACCGGCUCGGUGUCCAAAAGCGGGCUGGCUUGUCAGCAGAGCCGUUCUGCCUCUCGGUGGGAUUCAUGCUCCCACAUUCGCCCUACGUGGCACGUCGGGAGGACUACGAACUCUACCGAGAUGUGAUGACCCUCCCCAAACACCACGAACCGUACUCCGACGCACUUCACCCGUACUUCAAGUGGUGGAGAGAGUGGGGAAAUCUCAUAGAUGUCCCUGAAGCAGAAAUUCUUAGCGCACGGACGGCAUAUUGGGCGUUGGUGACACGGAUGGACAUAAUGAUUGGUGAGAUUCUCAAAGCACUCCGAAAGAAUGACCUAGCGGAGAACACGCUUAUCAUCUAUAGUUCCGAUCACGGGGAUCAGAUGGGCGAACACGGCUUGUGGAUGAAGCGUACGUUUUACGAAGGUUCGGUCAAGGUGCCGGCGAUUCUCUCUUGGCCCAGAGCCUUGCCGGAAGGUGUUCAGUGUGAUCGCGUUCUCAGUUCACUCGAUCUAAACGCAACAAUGCUGGAAGCCCUCGGUGCACCGCCUCUACCCAACGCUCGUGGCAGAAACGUGCUCGAUCUGGUGCGUCAGCCCGAUACAGAGUGGGAGGAUCUCGCCUUCUCUGAAUACUGUACCUACGAGGACUGUUUGCACCGGAUGAUUCGGCGCGAUGAGUGGAAACUGAAUUACUACCACGGUCAAGAACCGCAGCUUUUUAAUCUUGCUGAGGACCCCGACGAACUAUCAGAUCGAGCGCAGGAUGCGAGUUGUCGGGAGAUACGGGAACAACUGACCGCUGAGGUGCUGGAAGGCUGGGAUCCCGAAGCGGUUGCCGAUAAGAUGGAACAAAAACGAGCAGACCUAGAGAUUAUCCGAGCUUGGGCAGAACACACCAAACCGAAAGAUCAAUUUCGUUGGGAACGCCGUCCGGAGAUGGACUAUUUGGAUUGA